UUGUUUACAGUGGUUGCAAGUUCUACAACAUGGCAACUAAAGGUGACGGAAAAGGGAAAAAGGGUGAGAAAAGGAGCGCAAAAAAGCUCGACGAUGCCCUCAUAAAUCUCGGACAGGAGGAGACAUCACCUCAAGAGGAAUCAGAGCAUACCGAAAUGCAAGAAAUGCCUGUUGAAUCUACCCAACCAAAAGCUCCAUCACCUGAGCCAGUUUAUGAUGAACCUGUACUUUCAGAGUUAAUUGUGGAGGGCUACACAGGCGAUAAAGAAAGGGGUGUAUACCAUGGGGAUGGUGAGGCAAUAUUCUCCGGAGGGCACGAGUACAAAGGGCAGUUUGCAGAAGGCUUUAUGCAUGGCCGAGGCAAAUACAAGUGGAUGGAUGGUGUCACAUAUGAGGGGGAGUUCAUGAGAAACCAGGUGACUGGGAAAGGCAUUUAUCAGUGGCCAGAUGGAAGCUCUUAUGAGGGAGAUGUGGUGUGUGGAAAACGACACGGGGUUGGAAUGUUCAAGUGUCGCAACAGUUCCAUGUCUUACAAUGGUGACUGGGCAAUGGGCAAGAGACAUGGCAAGGGUCGUAUGGAUUAUGACUCGGAAGGAAAGUCUUAUUAUGAAGGUGACUGGGUAAAUAAUGUCCGUCACGGAUGGGGAACUCGCCAGUACCCUAGUGGGAAUGUCUACCAGGGCAUGUGGUUUAAUAAUGUGAGACACGGGGAGGGGACUAUGAAGUGGAUUGACCGAGAUCAGAUAUACACUGGACAGUGGGAAAAUGGCAUUCAGCAUGGUGUGGGCCAGCACAUUUGGUUGUUACGGAGAGUGCAUGGAUCACAAUACCCGCUACGGAACAUGUACGACGGAGACUUUGUCAAUGGCCUUCGACAUGGGUUUGGCACUUUCUACUAUGCAAAUGGCGCCAAAUACGGGGGAGGCUGGAAAAACAAUAUGAAGCAUGGCAAGGGUAAAUUCACUUUCAAAAAUGGCCGUAUCUACGAGGGUAUGUUUGAACGAGACCAUAUCGUAGAGUACCCAGAAUUCACCAUGGACGGCACAUCCUCACCUGACCUUUCCAACAUCCGCACUCGGACACCACUGCCCAUGGACAAUGUAUCUGUGCACAGCAACGAAAGUCGUAACACAGUGAGUCCAAGCUUCCAGCUCGACCUAGACUACCUGCUGAAUGAAUUUGUCGAGGCUGAUCGGGAUGAUGAGGCUAGCCAGGUGCUCUUUGUUAUCACGCGACACAUCUCCAGUCUUCGCAGAAUUUACAGUUACUACAGUUCGCUGGGUCACGAGGAGAGCCCAGAUAACACGUUUGUAAUGAACAAGAUGCAGUUCUGGCGCUUCCUGAAGGACACACGCCUACACCACAAGGAAAAGACCCUCACAGAUAUGGACAGAAUGCUGAUUCACAAGAAGACCCCCGAGGAAGUCCACAGUCCCCAUGAGCGAAUCCUACAGCGCCAGUUUAUCAACAACCUUAUUGUUUUGGCCUUCCAUCUCUACAGAAAGGAACACCCGGGAACAACACCAAAGCUGGCCUGGUGCAUGUCGAGGCUCAUCUCUGACCACAUACUCAGAUACGCCUGCAACGUCAAAGGACAUUUCUACUACGAGCAACGACGGGCAGGCAAUGCCCUUGUGUACCUCGACCAGACAUACGAGAUAUUCACCUCCAUCUGUACUCACAGAUCUCAACCUCCGAAUGAUGCAGCUUUUAAGAUGAGAGAAUUCUUAUACAUGAUCAAGGAUCUAAAGUUGAUAAACAAUGACCUGACAGCCAAGGAUGUGAUAGAAGUGAUGGCCAAGGAUGAUCCAAAUGUAUCUGACGGGGAAGGCAGCUACAAUUUGGAACUGGAGAUGUGUUUCCUUGAAUUCUUUGAGGCCCUGAUAGGCUGUGCAGAACGUUACGUUACAGAGGCUGUAGUAAAGGACCCAAAUACCCCCCGCCCCUCAACAAGUGUGACAAAGGAUGAAAGCUUGUACUCCAUUCCUGGGUCACCCUCUAGGCUUACAAGCCAUGGUGGUCUAGAUGAGCAGUCAGUAGUCCAGGGUACACCACGUGAUGCACAGUCACCGGAGACCGGCUCUCCAACCCGGGCUGUGUCCUCUGCUGACGGCACAACCAAAACUGGAGGGGAGGGGACUACAUCAAAGCACCAGCUUCUCCCAUCCAUCUCCAACGUGACUGGAGCAGCCUCAGAUGGUGGGCACGGAGAUGCACAGAGCAGGCAUGAGUCUGCUAAAGAUGCAAAUACAGGCGAUGAGAAGCACAAGAGUUCUUCAUUCGUCAGCACAAACACCACCGAGGAAGACAAGCUUGUUCAGAGCACAGUGUCCAUCGAAGGACAUACAUUGGGUGGACAGACAGAGGACGAUCUGGAGGGGCAGACACAUGUUCCAAUAAUUCUCAUACCGUUGGAAGAAGAGGAAGAAUAUAAAGGAAUGCUAAAGUCAGAUGUAGAGGAUGAACUAGAGGAAGAGUUAGAUGAAGAAACUCGCCAGUUCAACUUCUGGACGCACCAGAUCCACAUCUUUUUUGUCCGCAAGUUUCUACCUGCUGCUGAAAACAUGAUCCGCCUGAAAAAUGCUGUACAGAAGAGGCUUCAGGUUGAGGAAGCAGAGAAGAGCAAGUCUUGCCUGGAAUCCAGAACUGAGCUGGUCGAACCAAGCCAAGUAACUUUGGAGGAGAGGACGCAGGCAUAAAGAGGGAUAUCACAGACAUGGAGUGAUUCUUUGGAACUGAAUGUGCUUACUUAUGAUCUGAAUGUGAUAUCACCAGCUUGCAGAUAUUACUAAGGAUUUUUAUUAUAACAAUAUUUUGAUACAUUUAAAUGAUAUACUGAUGUACUGGAUAUUUAUAAGCUCAAAGCACAGUGUAUGUGAUAUUUGGACAGAGAUGAGAUUAUAAAAAAUGUUGUUAAAAACUUUCCUUCUUUAUUAAAGCGUAAAUUUAGAUUAUACAAGAAGGAAAAUAGCAAUUGUUUUCAAUGUGCAAAUGCAUUAAAACUUAAACUAUUCAUAUUUGAUUUUCUGUGAGUUGCAACUAUUUUUGCUUCUAAUUAACCUAUUGUGUAAUAUUUAUUCCCAUUUUGAUGAAGUUUCUGACUUUCAAAAUGUAUGGAAGCAAUCAGUUUGCAUCAAUGUUAGUAGCUGGAUAUGGUACUUAAUGGUUAUAAUGUCUGAAAGGCUCAUUAAUUCAGAGUCUGUAAGGCUAAGUAUUUAAAGCUGCACUCUCAGAGAUUAACCACUUUUAUUUUUUGUUUUGGAAAGAGUAAAUUUGUGGGUAAAUAUCUGCAAACCAAUGAUAAAAGAUUGCUGACAAAAGAUCAGAUCGCAGAUUUUCAUAUUUCCAUUCGAAAAUUAAUGUUUUAUGGCUUAAACCAUUACUAACAGUUAAAUAUAAAAAUCUGCUAUUUUUUGUCAGCAGUCUUAUUUAACUGGUUUCCAUGGAUUUUUGCAAAAAUUUGCUUGUUCCAAGACAAAAAAUAAAGAAGUUGUCAUAACAUUCAAUCUGUGAGAGUGCAGCUUUAAGGGAUGGUAUUCAUAUUUCAUUUCCUAGCUUUCCUCACUUUUUCUAAUUAAAGGAUCUCAUUGGUCAUAUGAUAAAUAAACUUAAUAAUUUCUGAAAAACAUUAUUUUCAUUGACUUUAUUGUCAAAACUUUCUUUAUUUUUAAAAACAAUUAUACAUUUGUUUUAUUUUUAAUAUAAGCAUUUUAAGGAAUCAUCUUUAGUUAGGAAAUGACUUGAGAUGCUUUUAAAUACAGCCCCUAAAUCUGAACGGCUUAGUAUUUGCACCACUUGUCUGAUAUACUCUUAUUUGCAUGUUUGAACUAUGCAGUCGUGUUUGUACGUUUAAAAUGUGCUGAAAAUCGUACGAGAUGUAUUAUUACGGAUGCAUUUUGUUAUUGUAUACAUGAAUAUUUAUUUUGAGUGUAUUUUUAGUCUCAUAGUUUAUUUAAGACCACCAAUCUUAGGUUCUGUGAUACUUUUUUGUUUAUGAUUGUUUUUCUUAGACAUUGCUCUAGCAGAUAUUUGAAGAAAUAAACCAUUUCGUUGUUGGA